AUGAGGUAUGACUGUUUGUUCAGGCAGCCAAGGCAUCCAUCGGGCGGAGUUGAUAAUCGAGAACCGAGCUCCGUAACAGCUCGGAGAAUCGGGUCUUAA